AUGAGUAUGGGAAAAAUAACUAGAAAUAAAACUUAUAAUGAUCUACGCCACCAAGAGAUCGGUAGUAGACCAACACGAGGUAGACCACCAAGAAGUCGAAUAAUGGGUGUAGAUAAUGAACGAAGACAAGAAAUGCCGGUACCAGAAAUAUUGUUAUUAGAUCAAACGGAACAGGAACAAACAGUAAACGGUACAAGUAUAAAUGAAACACGUUCUAAUGAAAGGGAGCACGAAUUAAAGUCAAGUGAAACAAAUCAAAAUGAACAAUUGAGAGGAAAUAAUCCACCUCAUAGAACAUCACCUCGAGAAGCAUCAAUACAACCACCACCACCACUUUCAAGACCUACAAUAACAUCACAAGAACCUAGUCCUCAAGAACAAUUAGAGAAUUUACCGCCUGGUUCCUCGACCACCACGACGAGUACAGUUAUUACGAUUAAAAUGACAACAGUUACUCAUACAGAUGCAAAUAACAAUUCAACUACAACCACCACGGUCACCACAGAUAUAUCACCCGUAACCACUGUUUAUGCACCUCAAAUAGCUGCAUCUAUUAUUAAUAAUGUCGCGUCAAAUAUGGGAUCAAAUAUGGGAUCAAAUAUGGGAUCAAGUAUGGGGUCAAGUACGGGAACAAAUAUGGGAUCAAAUAUGGGAUCAAAUAUUGCUGCAGGACCUAUUGGAAUAUUUCCUCAUCACACAGGUGCAAGUUCUGGAAAUAAUUUUAUGAAAUUAGAUUUACUUGAUACUGUUUAUGAUGUUUGGAAUGAAUGGAAUGUAGGACUUAAUGGAAAUCCAUCAGUAAUUACAUUAUUAGAAACUUAUGGAAUUACUUGGGCUAGUGAAAAUAAAGAUCCUUUAAUUGCUCGUAAAAAAAUUAUAAAAGAAAUACAAGUAAGAAUAAAUAAUGAUUUGACAAUUGAUGAAGUUAUUAAUGAUAUGGAAAAAAUGAGAGCUGGUCAAGAUUUAAGUUGGUUAGCAAAAAGAUUUGGAAAAAAAAGAGAUUUUAUAAAUCGUAAUCAAUAA